UGGUCCGGCUCCGGCUCAGUCAGCCGCGUAGGGAGUGGGGCCUGAUGCGAGGCGAGCCUCUCUGGUCCCUACGCGGGUGGUCCGGGUCUCCUCGACUCCCGAGGAAAGCCCACUGGGCGGGGCGGGAGGUGAAGGGGCUGGGGAGGUCAGAGGUUAACCUGGGUGUCGGGGGACGUUGGAGUUUAUCCGUCAGCGUCCCGGGGCGGUCUGGGGACAGCAGAGGCGGGGCUUGGGCGCGGGGCCCGAGAGGUCAGGGGUCAGCAGGAGUGGGCUUGGGGUGUGCGGGUCCGAGAGGUCAGAGGUUAGCUAGAGAGUGGUUGGGGCGCCGGGUUCCCGGAGGUCAGGGGUCAGCAGGAACAGGACAGCAGCGUCAGGGUCCGGGAGGUUAGGGGUCGGCAGAGGCGGGGCUGGGACACUGCGGGGUCAGGGCGGGGUCGGGUUCGCUGGUAGCCUGCGCAUGGGCCUCCAUCUUCGCGCGCUGUUGGGAGCCUGCGGACGGUGGACCCUGCGCCUGGGACCGCGUCCGUCCUGCUCGCCGCGCAUGGCCGGGAACGCGGAGCCACCGCCCGCGGGAUCCGCGCGCCCCCAGGAUCGGAGGUCCCGCAGUUGCUGGGCCGGGGGUGUCCGCGUCUGGGAGGACGGCGAGCAUCCGGCGAAGAAGGUCAAGAGCGGUGGGGACGAGGAGCGGCGCGGGAAGCUGCCCAAGCGCAAGAUCGUGCUGCUCAUGGCCUACUCGGGCAAGGGCUACCACGGCAUGCAGAGGAAUGUUGGGUCCUCACAAUUCAAAACAAUUGAAGAUGACUUGGUGUCUGCCCUUGUCCAGUCAGGCUGUAUUCCUGAAAAUCAUGGCGAGGACAUGAGGAAAAUGUCCUUUCAGCGCUGUGCCCGGACAGACAAGGGCGUGUCCGCAGCCGGCCAGGUGGUAUCCCUGAAGGUGUGGCUGAUUGACGACAUUCUAGAAAAGAUCAACAGCCACCUUCCGUCUCACAUUCGGAUCCUGGGACUGAAGCGGGUCACAGGUGGGUUUAACUCCAAGAACAGAUGUGAUGCCAGGACCUAUUGCUACCUGCUGCCCACGUUUGCCUUUGCGCACAAGGACCGGGAUGUGCAGGAUGAGACCUACCGUCUGAGCGCCGAGACGCUGCAGCAGGUCAACAGGCUCCUGGCCUGCUACAAGGGCACGCACAACUUCCACAAUUUCACCUCACAGAAGGGGCCCCAGGAGCCCAGCGCCCGCCGCUACAUCCUGGAGAUGUACUGCGAGGAACCCUUUGUGCGGGAGGGCCUGGAGUUCGCAGUGAUCAGGGUGAAGGGUCAGAGCUUCAUGAUGCAUCAGAUCCGGAAGAUGAUCGGCCUGGCGGUGGCCAUCGUGAAGGGCUAUGCCUCUGAGAGUGUGCUGGAGCGCAGCUGGGGCACAGAGAAGGUGGACGUGCCCAAGGCGCCGGGACUUGGCCUGGUCCUGGAGAGGGUGCACUUCGAGAGGUACAACCAGCGCUUUGGCAACGAUGGGCUGCAUGAGCCGCUGGACUGGGUGCAGGAGGAGGGCAAGGUCGCAGCCUUCAAGGAGGAGCACAUCUACCCCACCAUCAUCAGCACUGAGCGAGAUGAGCACUCCAUGGCCCAGUGGCUGAGCACCCUGCCUGUCCACAACUUCAGUGCCACCGCUCUCACGGCAGCUGGCACAGGCGCCAAGGUGCCCAGUCCCCUGGAAGGCAGCGAAGGGGAUGGAGACACCGACUGAGGUGGUGGGAGCUGCCCACCAGAGUGCCUCUGAGCAGCUCACAGUGUGCGCCCAGGCGUGCCAUCCCUGUGGGCAGCAAGAAGCUGGGAUCGCUGCAGCCAUGUUUUGCCAGCCAUGAGAACCAUGGUUUCUCAGGCCUGCCUGGCAGAUGUGGCCUGGCAUUGUCACCUCAGGACCUUUCCUUGUAGGAACAGCCUUUCUCGAAUCUAUUUUCAGCUCUUGCAUUGCACAGAUAAACCUCAGCAUGUAAAUAACUAUUUUUUUAAAGAAGUGAUUUUCUUAUUAAACAAGUACAAAUUUUG